AUGGCUACCCCUAGUGUCCUCGCUUUUGACGCAGAGGGUCGGGCCAUUGACUUUGACGUCUGGGUAGAUGACCUGCAGCUUUUCCUACAGUGCGAUAGGGCAGACGGUCUCUCUCUCUUUGACCUCACCUCUGGUGCCUCUCCUGCCCCUGCUGCUGAUGCCGACGCCACUGUUCGCUCACAGUGGGCCACACGCGAUGCUGCUGCACGUCUUGCUGUGCGUCGCCACCGGCCUACAUCUGAGCGUGCGCACUUUAGCCAGUACAAGAGUGCUCAGACCUUGUACGACGCUGUAGUUGCACACUACUCCUCCCCUGCCACUGCUGCACUGAGCCGCCUCAUGCUAUCGUACCUCUUCCCUGACCUUGCUGCCUUUCCCACAGUCGCUGACCUUAUUACGCACCUCCGCACUAGUGACACUCGCUACCGCGCUGCGCUUCUUGCUGAGUUCUGCGCCAAGAACCCCCCCCCUCCCAUGUACAUCACUCUCUACUACAUAGUCACCCGGCUCCUUGACUCCCUUCACGUAGUCAGGGACCACUUCCUCAAAGUUUGCCCCACCAGUCUCACCGUUGACCUCCUCGAGAAGGCCCUCCUAGCAGGAGAGAAGAGCAUAGUCGCUUUAGGAGCCUCUCGUGGUGACCCUCGCACCCCCGUCUUUGAAGGGUGUUCCCCCUCCCCCCUUUUGCCCUCUGUUGCCUCUGCUGCUGCGGCCGGCCUCGUUGGUUUCGAGUCGGUCGGCGCUGCGUCUGCCCCGAACGAGAGACGCCGCACCGGCAAGGGCAAUGGGGGCAAGGGUGCUGGAGGGGCUGGCGGGGGUGGCGGAGGUGGCGGUGGAGGCAGUGGAGGGGGUGGGGGUGGUGGUGGGAGUGGUGGCAGGGGUGGAGGUGUCGGUGGCGGCAGUGGAGGCGGAGGCGGCGGCGGCGGUGGCGGUGGGAGAGGAGGUGGCGAGGUGGCAGCGGUGGAGGAGGCGACGUCGGAGGAGGUGGAGCUGGUCGAGGUGGCGCUGCGUAGAGGGUCGGCUCCGGAGGUGCGGGGUGGGGGUACUGGUCCGUGCACCUACGUCCUACGCACCGGCGACCGCUCGGGUGAGCAGUGCGGGGGUGCGCACUCCACUCAGCGCUGCUUUGGCCGCUUGACAGACGCUUGGCGUCACCAGUUCCCUGAGGCCAAUGAGAUCCCCCGCUGGGGCGAGCUGUCUAGGGCGGGAGUAGCUGUCUUUGACCUUGACUUUGAUGCUAUUCUUGCUGCCAUGUAUGCUGUAACUAUUAGUGAUGAGGGUGAAUAUUACCGUUGUUUUCCGCCCGAACCGGGCAUUGAGACUGCUGCUCUAGGUACUGGUGAGGCUGCUGCUCUAGGUGAUAGCAAGGCUGCUGCUCUAGGUGCUCGUGCGUCUGCUCCCUCAGGUGCUGGUGAGUCUGCUCUCUCAGGUACUGCGUCGGCUUCGUUCUCCUUCUUUCGAGACCGCACCACACUCACGCCGCUUGGUUGGCCAGUUGCAGUCUCCAUGGCAGACCCCUCUGGGGGUCCUGUCCUUGCUCACUUCUCUUCUGUCCUCCCGUGUCCGGCGGCCCCCUCUGGCACCUUGUCUGGUCUUUACCUCCCCUCGUUCUCUACGAACUUGGUGAGUGGUGCUGACCUACAGGAUGCGGGGGUUCACCUAUUCACUCCUGCGAGUCAGCGGGUGACCCACUGUAUGGACGCUCGGACAGGCCGACACCUGGCCACGUUUACACGUCAGCCGGGGUCAAGUCUGUACAUACUGACCACUGCGUCUCCUUUAGUUACUGCGUCUGGUCAGGUAGCUGCGUCGGGUCAGGUGUUUGCUGCAGCGUCCAGGUCUGGUCCCGAGUCUGCCCCCUGCUCGUGUCGCCUCCUGUCUCACCAGACUCUCCUCUGGCACCACCGUCUUGGUCACCCCUCCCUGCUUCAUCUCCGAGGCAUGGCCUCCCGUGUCCUUGUCUCUGGUCUUCCCCGGUCCCUCCCUCCCCUUCCUCCGGGGCCUGGCCCUACCUGCGUCCCCUGUGUCGAGGGGCGCCAGCGGGCUGCCCCUCACUCCUCCCAGUUUCCUCCGACUGAGGCCCUGCUGCACACGCUUCACAUGGACGUGUGGGGCCCGGCCUGCGUCCGUGGACAGGGUCACAAGCGCUACUUCCUGCUGGUGGUUGACGACUACUCGUGUUACACCACAGUCUUCCCCUUGCGCAGCAAGGGUGAUGUCACUGCGGUGUUGAUCGACUGUAUCCGCGCAGCUCGUCUCCAGGUGAGGCAGAGCUUCGGCUCGGACUUUCCUGUUCUGCGUCUGCACUCUGACAGAGGUGGAGAGUUCUUCUCUGGCCUUCUGCGAGCCUACUGUCGUGCACGAUGCAUCCGCCAGACCUUCACACUUCCGGACUCUCCACAGCAAAAUGGGAUUGCUGAGCGCCGCAUUGGCAUGGUCAUGGACGUUGUCCAUGCGUCUGCGUUCCGUGUCUGGGGAUCUUGGGCGUUUGUCCGCGACUUGUCUGCGGACAAGCUGUCCCCUUGUGCUGCUCCUUGCGUCUUCCUUGGCUUCCCCCUUGACGCGCCAGGGUGGCAGUUCUACCACCCCACCUCUCUUCGUGUUCUGUCCUCCCAGGAUGUCACGUUUGACGAGUCGGUCCCCUACUACCGCCUCUUCCCCUACCGCACUCCGUCCCUCCCCCCGCCACCGCUCUUCCUUGUGCCAGGUCCCCCCCCGGUAGACCCCCUCCCCCCUCAGGGUCCCGCCCCUUCAGGUGUGUCCCAGGUAGACGCAGUCGAGCCUGUCGAGGUUACUGAUGACUCUGGUGCUACUGAGGGUGCUGAGCCUGGGGGUGCUGACUCUAGGGGUGCUGAGCAUGUGGGUGCUACGCUUGGGGGUGCUGAGCCUGAGGGUGCUACUACUGGGGGUGCUGAGCCUGGGGGUGCUGAGCCUAGGGGUGCUGAGCCUGGGGGUGCUACGCUUGGGGGUGCUGAGCCUGGGGGUUCUACGCCUAGAGGUGCUGAGCCUGGGGGUGCGGAACCUGAGGGAGCUGGGCGUGCUCGUGUGGCGUCUGGCGGUGCUGGGCCUGGAGGUUCUCCGGGUGCUUCGUCUCGGCGGGAGCCACUCUCUCCACGGGAGCUGCGCGUGUGGUUUGCCUGGCGCUGGAGGCGUGCUGCUGGAGCUGGAGGUUCUUCGGCUGCUGAGGGUGCUGGUGUCGCGGGUCCCAGAGGUGCUCGUACUGGGAGUACUGGAGCUGCUGAACCUGCGGGUACGUCUGGAGCUGGAGCUGCUGAGAGUGUUGGUGCUGAGGCUACUGCUAUCUGUCCUAGAGGAGGUCCUACUGGGGGUGCUACUGGUGCUACUGGAGGUACUGGAGCUGGAGGUGCUGCUGGCGCUGGUGUUGCCGCUGGGGGUACUGGUGCUGUCCCUUCUGUGUUUGGAGUCGCCGCGCGGCCUCGGCCGUACUUCGUUCCACUCCUUCAGCAGGUUCUUGGUCUCCCGCCUUCUACUGGUCCUCCUCCUCCCUUAGAGUGUCCACAGCCUGUCCCGUCACAGUUACAGUUACAGCUGGCCUCCCCACUACCUGCUCAUUCUCCCUACACUGGUCCCACUGGAGGUCUUGCUGAGUGUCGUGAGCCUGCGUCUCGCCCUGCGUUGCCUGUCCGUCGUGCUCGCACUAGUGGUCGUGGAUCACGUCAGCGUCCUCCUCCUGUCCGUGGCACGCACCGGAUGUCUCUACGACGGUCCACUGCUCCUCUGCGUGCCCCUUUGCCUUCUCCUCCUGAGUCCUCGCUUCUUGCUCUUGCCGACCCGGAGUCGGACUCUCUUCGUGCUGCCAGUCCUACUGUCACGCGUCUGCUUGCUACUAUCGUCACUGACCCUUCCUUUGAGUCCAGUGCUGCGUCUGCCCUAGUUGCUGAGCUCGUCGACUUCGCUGCUCGCUGCCAUCUAGACUACGCUGCUAGUCUUGUCGCUGAGUCUGAGUCUGUCUGUCCUCCGUCCGUCGGGGGUGAGUGUGCCCUUGGCACGGACGUCCUUGAGGACAGGCAGGAGGAGUUCCAGUGUUUGGCUGCUGCUUCACCUCAUCUCGUGUCUGUGAUAGAGGGUCCCUACUCCUCUCAGUGGCAGGCAGCUAUGGACAUGGAGAUGGCUUCCUGGAAGUCCACAGGCACCUACGUUGACGAGGUUCCCCCGCCUGGGGCGAACAUCAUCAGUGGCAUGUGGAUUUUCAGGGUGAAGCGGCCGCCGGGUUCUCCGCCUGUCUUCAAGGCGCGUUACGUUGCUCGUGGCUUCACUCAGCGGCAAGGAGUUGACUACCUUCAGACCUUCUCUUCCACCCCGAAUAUGACCACUCUUCGGGUACUCCUGCACAUAGCUGCUCAGCGCGACUACGAGCUGCGCUCUCUUGACUUCAGCACAGCUUUCUUGCAGGGCAGCCUGCACGAGGAGAUCUGGCUGCGUCGCCCACCUGGCUUCACUGGGUCUUUUCCUCCUGGCACCUAG